AUGAACUCGAACGCGCUAGGCGCAGGUGCGAACGGGAGUUUUAACUACCCUAAUCGAUCAAAGAAGGAUGAGGCGUCCUACGAAAUGUCGAUGGGAGAUGUCUACACGACGGAAAUGGUGACGGAUCCCAACGCUCCCGCGACAGAGCAGACGCAGGCGGAGAACGAAACGGCGGCGACUCUGUCGAACGGGUACGACUACGGCAACUAUUACGACCCAUCAUUGUAUCAGAACUACUACUACCAGGACGACGACGGCAACUACUACUACUACACAGACGCACAGCAGUCCGCAGCAAACGAUAUUCCCCAGGACAUACAUGUUAAUGUUACGCCGACUCCCCAGAAUCUUGUCCGAUCGUACGAGUACGCGUCGUACGACCCGCCAACGUACAACUGGUUCGUGGACAUUGUAGUGGACACGUUCAUAUCAGCGCCGUUCCGAGUCUACCUCACGAUAUUGCUCUACUGCGCCGCGGCGCUCAUUGGGGCUCUUGGGCUGAAUUACACCUUUGCCUUGCUGUAUCGUCUGUUCUCCCCCCCGAUCCCGAACACCAACAAGAACUUGCAGUCGUUUGCAUACUUUUCUCUGUUCUUCUACGUCAGUUUUGUGAUUGUCGCGGCACUCUGCGCCCUGAUGGAUAUGUUGCGCAACCUGUGGACUCUAAAGCGUGACGACGUUGUGUUUUGGGGGAUGUCGCACCGGUACCUCUCCAAACGCAUGCCACCCUACCUUGUGUACCUUGUCAUCAUUCUUGUCAUCGUCUUUCUGCCGCUCUUGUGGGGGGUCAUGGAGGCAGGGAUUAGGAAGCAGUCGCUCGUGUACGUAGCGCAGCACUACGCGAACGUUGCCGUGCUGGCGGCGACGUUCCUGGUUGCCGUCUGCUAUGCUUGGUUCUACGGGAGAGCGCUGGUGUACAAGUGGUCGGCUAUCUCGAAGCGAGCCGAGCGCGACGAUUUUGAGCUGCGCCGGCGUGCGUACAAGUCCCACCCGGAGAAGAUGAACAAGGUGCACUGGUAUCAUGCCUCCACAGUGCUGGAAGAGUUUGGCAUGGAUGGCGACACACUGCUGUACAACUCCGUUGUCUUCACCGUCGGCUGCGUGCCGCUGUUUUCCCUCUACGCGGCGCAGACGCUGAGCACCUACACCGGCACCCCGUCCGUGGUGUGGCCAGCGAUCGCUUCAAUCUCGAUCGUUUGCGUUUACGUCCUCUCCUGGAUCACGUUGAUUCGACGCAAGAACCAGUGGGCCAUUUACGCGUCGUUGGCGCUCAUUGUGCUGCUGCUUGUCCUGGGCCUUACUGGAGGCGCCGUGGGCGGCCACCCGGCGACGGCAGCCAUCGUUCUUGUUCUCUUUAUUGCGGCGCACGGCAUGGUUUCCCGCAAGCGCAAGCACUCCUUGACGAAGAAGGAGCUGCGGGCAGCUCUGAAGUUGCCGUACACCGCACAAGCCGACGACGACAAGUCACAGGAGCGGCGGAUCGACACAUAUCUCUUCUGCUGCCGCAACCUCAUUCUCGACUACCUGAAGUGCUGUGAUGUCAAGAAGCACUUUGGCUACCGCCACCCCGACGUUGUGCAGGCGGAGAGGCGCUUCAUGAUUAGCCGCAUCGCACUUCGCACGGAUCAGAAGGCGCUGUUCAUCUGGUGGCUCAUAGUCAUGCUCGCGGUGGCCUUUGUCAUGGCGCUCUCGAACGGUAUCCAGUAUCGGUUCAGCACACCGAUUGCUGUUUCAGGCAACACGCCUGUGACGGGACUCACACCAUCCCUUCCGCUGUGUGAACAGGUGUUUAAUGAAUAUGGUAGCGCACCGCUGAAGAUGCUGGACUUGGCCUUUCUAGCAGCGCUGUCGUACACCUACGGCACCAACGGCGACGCCGACUUCGCCACGUGGUUCUCCAGCAAGCCCUCCCUGCUACGCAUGCACCCGGUCGUGCUGCCGUACACGCUGAACUUCAACACACAUGGGACAAACAUUUCCUUUUCCCACUACGUCGACGUAUCUAGCAGAUACCACGUGAUCACGCUGAACUCGAACAACAGGGGCCUGUCCCUCUUCCGGGACUUGGACGACUGGGGUGAGUCCAUUGCCCUUCAGGCUGCCGGCGCCAUCUCCCCCCUCAUCAACAUCUGGGACGAACAGAGCCGGGCGGCAUUUGUGCAGAGGUCGCGCUUUUUCAAGAACUGGCUUCCGCCGUCCACUGCGUUGGAUGACGUGAAAACGUACAUAGCAGCACUGACCAGCUCCGGCGACUCCAGCGGCAUUUUGAUCGUCGGAGACCAGUUCAACGGCGGCUACGCGAAGAGGCUGUCUGCCGAGCUGAAUUUGCCCUUUGUCGCCUUCAACCCACCGGGCACCAAGUACAUCAGCGUGUUCUUGACAAACGGAACGCAACUUAGCGGCGUGCGGAGUUUGUGGUCAUACGUGGACUCGCUGGAGGAUUCGGUCAACACAGCGUACUACCCCUGCAAGGCCAAUCUCUCAUCCAACCGCUGCGGUCGCAUCAGCACUGUUGUAGAAUAUUUGUUGGAGACCUGUGGUGACCCCGCAGGGCGUACGAUGAAUCAAGUCUAG